AUGGAUAACCUGCUAUUCCAUUGCCAUGUAUUGAAUUCGUCAAAUCCUCAAAUUUUAUCUCAGGCCAGAGCCCAGGAGAAUAAGGAUAAUUUAGAAACUUUUUCUCUCUUCCAUGACAUAUUAUCUGGGGAACCUUAUAAAGUUAUAGAAAAAAAUAUUUCUAUAUUAAACCUGAACGAUUUGGAAAUUGAGACCACUGACAAAAUACAACUAGUUAAACAUUUGCAAAAAACUUUUAAAGAUAACUUUGUUUCCAAAGAUUUGAAUAGUUCUUUGUUAUUAGCCAUUGCAUUUUUACAAACAUUCAUUCAAUUAAAUUUUACUGGUCCAUCUUUUCAAGAAAAAUUGCAAGAUAUCCCUGUUCUUAAUAAUGACAACAAACAUAAGCAUUUUUUGGAUAGAAUGUCUAUUGAAUUACUCAGUAUCUCAGGCCAGCCUGCUUAUGAAUUAUGUGACUAUCCAUUUUUUUUGUUAUGCUCUUUGAUUCUUUUAGAAAUAUUAACUGAAUCAGAUAACCAAUCAUUAUUGAUCAAUGCCUCUUUGGAUGUUAAUUCAGAAGCAGAUUCUUAUUUAGUUGAUAUUAACCAUGAAUCAUUAUCCUCUUUGAAAAGCCUGGCUUUGUGGUGGCGAGGCCGAGCUUUAUUAACCCAACUAAGUUUAUUAUCUGAGCCAACUGGGCUUCAGCCAAUUGUAGCUUCUCAUAUUUUUUCCAAUAUUAAUUUAGUAAAAUCCAUUACCAAAGAUUUAGUAAAUGUUGACGAAACUUUUGUUAAAUCUAUAUAUGUUUUGUAUUAUUUAGAAAAUGUCAAGUGUUCAUUAGCUAUUAACACAGAACAUUUAUGUUUACCAGCAUUGAAAAAGGCCAAGAAAUUAACAAAUUUUCAAUUUGUCUUAACAGGGGCUCGUGCGAAAAAAACCAAAUACCAAAAUUCUAGCCAUACAAGCUUGUUAAUUUUGGCCAAAUCAGACGAAAACUGGAUUAGAAUAAACGAUGCAGCCACUCCCGCCGAAUUUAAACCGGCUAGUUUGAACUUGGAUCAUGAAGUUUUAUUAGAAAAACCUGAAUUUGAAAAUAUUGGAAUUGCUCAAAUUAAUGACCAAAUUGUUGAAGAUUCUACGCUGUCCGAAGAAAAUGGGUAUGAUGACAAUAAAUUAUUACCUAUUGCUUUACGUCAAGAAUGCAUUCCAGCUGAUUUAAAGGGUAUAGACCCAAAUAAUCAACCUGAAUUAUCCCCAUUGGAUUCUAUUCAAUUGCUUUUAAGAUUAUACGCUAUUAGACAAAGUACCCCAGCAAAAGAUUUAUUGGUGGAAGAGGAAUUAAAUGCUUUAGUAUCUCGUGUAGUAUACCAAGGCAGCAGCAACAGUAAAAAGGAGUGGACCAUAUUUAGUCGUAGUCUAUGGGAAAGAUCUCUUAUUGAAACAACAAAGGCUAAAACUGUUCAACGAGGAUUAUUACAAAUGCAAAGCUUAGUGGAAGAGUUGGAAUUGAAAAUCAAAACAACUUUAAUUCCACAAAAAAAUGAUAAAGAUGAAAACUAUUUUUCCAGGUUACAAUAUAUUCACCAAUUACCGUUUAUUCCGCGUUGGUCUUUGGAUUCUGCAUUGGCGGAAAGAUACAUGUCAAUGGGCCUAUUGAGAUCUGCAGUCGAGAUUUACGAAAGAUUAGGCAUGGCCUGCGAGGCUGCUUUGUGCUAUGCAACUGUUGGUGAUGAAAGCAAGGCGGAGCAAAUCUUGUUGGACAGAGUUGCCAAAGUUACGAACGAUUGUCGGGCGUACUCAAUAUUGGGAGAUAUAAAACAAGAUCCAAAGUUGUGGGAAAAAAGUUGGGAACUUGGGAAAUAUGUCAAUGCCAAAAACUCUUUGGGGAGGUACUAUUAUCGUAUGCAUGAUUUGCCAAAGGCUUUGAAACAUUUGAACGAUUCAUUAAGUCAAUAUCCAUUAAGCUUUGACACCUGGUAUUUCUAUGGCUGUGUUGCAUUAGAAAGCGGUAAGAUGGAAGUUGCCGCUGAGGCAUUUUCCAGAUGCACUGCAUUAGAUGAUACACACGCUGCCUCAUGGUCUAAUUUGAGUGCUGCAUAUAUCAAGUUGGGAAAAUUGAAGGAAGCGCACAACUGCUUGUCAAAAGCUUUGAAAACUGAUUCUGGGAAAAAUUGGAGGAUAUGGGAAAACUUUUUAUUUGUUUCCACAAAACUAAACGAAUGGGAAGAUGUUUUGAAUUGUUGCAAACAAUUGGUUUUGCUACAAAAAAACGAAAAGGGUGAAGGUAGUAUCGAUAUCCCAGUUGUCGAAAAAUUGGUGGAAUUAUUGGUAUCUUCUGACUAUGAUCCUGAAAACAAAAGAUUAACUUAUUUUCAAACCACCUGCAUAGAUUUUGUUUGUAACUUAUUACCAAGUGUUAUUACUACAAAUGCCAGGUGCUGGAGGUUAGUGGCACGUGUUGAACUAUGGAGAAAGAGACCUUGGGCUUCAUUAGAAUGCCACGAAAAGGCUUAUAGAGCAAUUUUACACAACCCAAAUUUGGACACUGAUGAAAAUAUUUGGAAUGAAACAGUCGAUGCGUGUGAAGAUUUGGUUGCAGCCUAUGAAUCCUUAGGGGACAGAAAAGGUAAGUAUGGUGAACCAGUUUGUAAAGAUUGGAAAUACAAAGCUCGCUCUACAAUCAAAUCUUUGAUUAGUAGAGGUAAAACGUCCUGGAAUGGAAGUGAUGGCUGGGAAAGAUUAAUGGGAUUACGUACUACUUUGUAG